GCAAAGUGGGUGCCGCGCGAGCUCACAAUCGAGCAAAAGUUGCAACGUGUCGUUGACUCGGAGCAAUGUUUAGCGAUAUUCAACCGUAAUAAUAACGAAUUUUUCCGUCGAUAUGUGACAAUGGGUGAAACAUGGCUUCAUCACUACACUCCAGAGUCCAAUCGACAGUCAGCCGAGUGGACUGCACGCGAUGAACCGAAUCCAAAGCGUGGAAAGACGCAACAGUCGGCUGGCAAGGUUAUGGCAUCAGUAUUCUGGGAUGCGCAAGACCUCAAAAGAAUGCUCACUGGAAAGAAAUUCAGCACUAAUGAAGAAAUAAUCGCUGAGAGUGAGGCCUAUUUUGAGGCUAAAGAGAAAUCGUACUAUAAAAAUGAUAUUGAAAAAUUGCAUGACCGCUAUAAUCGUUGUAUCGCCCUCGAAGGCAACUAUGUUGAAUAA